UAGAUAGAUUACAAAUUGUUUAUUUUGUUUAUUUAGUAAUUUUAAUAAGGACUCUAUAACCAAAAUGAGUAGCUGACUCCUCCUGCACUGUGCAGUACCACCAUGAAGGUUUUUAUAUGAAGGAAAAUCAGUGAACUUCAGGGCGCAUCAGCUAUUGUUACAAUGAGGAAGAGGACUGAGAAGAGAAGAAGAGCGCAUGCUUGAUGCUGACGCAAAAUAUGGGAAACGAAACUUAGUGAGGCUAGACUAGCUCCGGUUACCGUGCAGGAGAGCAGAGACGCUCCAGCUGCGCUCCGGUCCGUCACCGACACCGGGACACUCAGAGCAGACACAUUGAAGCAAAGUUUGGACAUUUUUCUCAGACUCCGGCCUUCAGUUUAGAUAUAGAUAAUGAAAAGUUACGACCUAAUUCUGUCAGAGGUCCCUUAGUUAAUCGGACUUGUAACUAAAUCUGGGUCUAUAUUGUGACUGGCUGCUUGAGCUCUGAGCAUAUUCCUACAAUCCAAAACAGUUUUGAACCCAGGUGCUGCCUUUAGCAUUAUGAACGCAUCACAAUGUCAGCUAGUGAAUCUAAACUGGCUCCUCUUUCGUCAACGCAUGACCUCAAACUCGUGUGCGCUAAGUGCUCCGUCCGGGCGAAAGAGAUCACGUAUACGUUAAAACCAGUCCUCCACCAGUGUGCGCGCGAUCUCCUGCUCUGCAGAGCCAAAGGUGGCGGCAAAUGGAGGCCCGUUGCUAAACGGCCCACCUUUCCAAAUCCAAGUCAGUAUGCGGUAUGUUGUUUCUUUAAGGAGGGCUCUGGAUGCACAUACCACAAGAACCGGUGCACCUUUGCCAGAAGUGACGAGGAAGCCGUCGUUUGGACAUUUGAAAAGCGUGGCAGACUAAACCGCGUGCUUCUCUGUAACCUGAUAACUCAGUCUGAGAGAGGAUAUGUUCCGCCUGAUUAUACUGAGGGACCACUGAGGGACCACUUGCCAACUCUAGAUUUGAAGGCUGUGUGUGAUCUGUGUUCUAUCGAGGAGAAGGAAAUAACAUACACAGUUCAGUCAGUUAGUCACAAGUGCAGUAGAAAUGUGCUUUUAGCCAAAGACAAAGCCUCCGACCAAUGGAGGCCUGUAUCUGAGCGGCCAACGUUUGGAAACUUUGGUCGGAAUGUUCUUUACCAAGUGUGUGACUUCUUUGUUGAGGGCUCUGGAUGCACACAACACGGACAGGGAUGCACUUAUGCCAAAAGCCUCGAAGAGGCCUCUGUAUGGAACUAUUUUAGAGACAGAGGAAUUGACAAAGACAAGUUACUCAGACUCGUAAUCGAGUCUGAGCCUAGUUCAGUAACACCAGAAAGUGCAGCUGAAAGCAUACUCCAACAGCUUUCAGGGGAAUUCAUCGAGCUCUGCAAAGACUGCUUUCACGAUCGAAAACUAACAGCCAAGAGGUGGAAUUCCACUUGCUCGGCAGAAGAAGCGCACACCUGGGACCCGGUCUUAGUUCAUCACCUAGCAGAGAAUAGUAGAAAGCACAUCUACAGCCAGGUGCGCCCUCUUCACCCGAACUGUCAGUUCGAGUACUGCAGUCAUGUCAGGCAAGGCAAGCCCUGUUGGCACCAGGCCGGCCACUGCCAGUCUGCCCAGAGCGAGGUGGAGAUGGCUGUGUGGAAGGCAGAGCACAGCGGGCUCUCCGUACGGCCUCAUCUCCUUCAGUUGAGCCGGAAGGAGCAGACGGAGCCCAGGAAGGUCACCAUGUACUGCAAGGUUUGCCUCCUGGUCCUUUCCUCUCCAGAGAGCUUCUACAAGCACUGCUCCUCGUUGGAGCACGCCCAGUUACUCUCCGAGGACACCACCACCAAGUGGAGAGGACGACAGCCGCCGCCACACAACCACCGAUCAGAGUUGUGGCUGUGUGAGAGACCACAAACGUGCGAGUAUGGCGACAAAUGUCCAAAAGCUCAUUCUGUAGGAGAGCUGCAGGAGUGGUUGAUGCGUGCUGCAGAGGAGAAGGAGAUCAGAACCAACAUGGGAGCCCAGGGUCUCAUGUGCUACAACGAAAGGCUCUUGGAGGAGUACAAAAACAGCAGUAAUGAAGUACACGUUAUAUCAGAACAAGUUGACGAUGUCAGCAUCUCUUGUGACGAAGAUUUGACUGUGGAGUGUCAACAGGUCAAUGCAACACUGCAAUGGAACUUCCAAGUUGAAACAGAGAGACAGCUUGUGCAUGUGGCGCUGCUGAAGCAAGAACCAGGAGCUUCAUUCACCCUUGGUGACAUCAGUUCUGAGCCCUGCAUCUACUCCUCGGGUGAACACUUUCUCAGCAAAGACACGACCUAUGACAUCACCGUGUCUUUCAAAUCCAUCAACCCAGGCCUAUAUGACCAGUGGUUAGUGCUAGAUUUUGACAUGAGGCCAGUGCUCUUGAAGAAACUCAGAGUAAGAGUAGGCCAGCCGUCACUGGAUGACAUUGAACAACCAACUCUGAACCGUGGAGCCAGAUUUCAAAGUGCUGAGCGUUGGCAUCGAGGGAACAGGGUUAUCAUCCCAUGUUCGUCCAGAACAGAAGAACAGGAGGAGCUGCUAAAGCAGUACAAGCCUCCUCAGAUUAGCUUUGUGUAUAAGUCCUCCUACAACAGCCAAACACCUCUGAACAAUGAGAACUACAAAGAAAGAAUGCACCACUUCCUGUACACUGAGGAACGGGCAGAGGACCAGAUUGUUUCAAGAUUAAAUGUUUGUGGAGAAAUUACAACAUUGGAUACGUUGAACAGUGCAAAGUUUGGCAUGAUGAUGGCUCCUUGGGGAGCACUGUUCUGUGCUGUGCCGAUUCCUUGUAAUCUCACACCAGACACCCCUGAGGGACUGGCACUAAAACGAAGCAUCCAGUCUGGCCUGAUAGCCCCUUUAUCUUCAAGUGGUCGAAACUCCAAGGUCUAUGAAGCCAUCAUUCUGCAAGACGAAACAAGUGAGAACAAAAUGUAUUUGCAACUGUCGAAAAAAUGUUGCUCCGAUCUUACACUCAAAAGCAAUGAAUCCUAUCAAAUGGAGGUGCAGUUUCAGCUGUAUCGCCACAGCUUCUGCGCCAUGCACAAGACCAUAGACCUCCUUCCUGAUACAAAAAAAGUGCUACCAGACCUUAAAAACUGUGUAGUUCCUGUGAGUAACAUCCACUAUGAGAAGCUGAAUACAAAGCAGCAGUCGGCAAUUGACUUCAUCUCAGGUCAUUCGAAUGUCCAAAAAGAGGUGGCACCACUCCUCAUCUAUGGACCAUUUGGAACUGGGAAAACAUUCACCCUCGCUACGGCAGCCAGAGAGCUUUGUAAGCAGCCUCACAACAAAGUGCUAAUUUGCACCCACACCAACAGUUCUGCAGAUCUGUACGUCAGAGAUCACUUCCAUCCAUUCAUCGACAAGAAAAAUGAUGGAAUGACGCCAAUCCGCAUAAAAGCAAACAAUAAGAGUGCUUUGUUUGCCACAGAUGCGAUUACUUUGAAAUACUGUUUGCUUUCGGAAGAUGGACAGUAUUUUCUACCACCUACAAAAGCUGCCCUUGAUGGCAACAAAAUAGUCAUCACCACCACAACAAUGACGAAACGUUUUCAUGACCUCAAGCUCCCAGAAGGAUACUUCACCCACAUACUAAUUGAUGAAGCCUCUCAGAUGCUAGAAUGUGAAGCUUUGAUGGCCCUUGCUCUUGCUGGGCCAAACACCAGAGUUGUUUUGGCUGGAGAUCACAUGCAAAUGGGACCCAAGCUGUUCUCAGUCGAUGAUCAUCACCGUUCAAAUCACACACUCCUUAAUCGCUUGUUCCACUACUAUCAAGGCCAAAAGUGUGAUGCUGCCCAGAACAGUAGAAUCAUUUUCAGUGAAAACUACCGCUCAACCAAAGAAAUUGUGGAGUUUGUGUCCACCCAUUUCUAUGUUGGUAAGAAUGAUGUCAUCAAAGCUAGUGGAAAGAUUCCGGCUCCUGCAAAUGGCCAUGCUCUAAAGUUUCACCAUGUUCGGGGAGAGUGUCUCUUGGACACUGGGUCAAUGUCUUGGUACAACAAAGAAGAGGUUGCCAAAGUGGUUGAAGCAGUGGAAGAGAUUCUCGAACACUGGCCACUGACCUGGGGGACCAAGGACCAAAGCUCAAUCUGCGUUCUAUCAGAGGGAUUUCAGGUUCGGCAAAUUAGGACAGCCCUUUCGAGAAGAAGGCUUGCUGGAGUCUAUGUUGACAACCUUGCAAAUGUGCAAGGCAAACAGUUCAGAGCAGUCAUAAUGACAGCUGUGCAAACACGUGACAGCCUAAAAACAUCUCACCUGCCUGGUCUGGAGCUGUUCAAUGAUGCCCGUGUGUUAAACACUGCAAUGACUAGGGCUCAGUCCCAUGUGGUUGUGGUUGGAGAUGCUGCUGCCCUCUGUUGCUUUGGGAAAUGCUCAGGAGUCUGGAAGAGCUACAUAGACCAUUGCAUCAGCAACAACAGUGUUGCACCACAGCAUUUCACCAAAGAUUUCUUCGAAAAAGAUGUUAUGGAAACUGCAAGGUUUCAAAAGUCUGAACAUGUGGAUGAGAGCCACAUUCUCAGCGACGCAAUUCUUCAAGAGUUGAAAGAUGAAUAUGAACAGCUGCAAACAGAAUAUAACUCGGAUGAAGACAGAACGCAACUUAAAGACGUUGACCACCACAACUCAAGAUCAUCACACACUAUCAGUAAUGUCAAUACAGACCUUUUGGAGUUGUGUAAAAAACAACCAGAGGUGUACAAGCAUGGAAAACUGGUCAGGGAGUCAUGUAACAGAGGUUAUGUCAUACCAUUUCAUAACCCCAGCAGACGUAUCAGCAUCGAGGGAAGGGAAAACCUGGGUAAGGUCUUCACUGGAGAUGAAGUUGUCUUAAAAACAGCAAAAGUGGUCAGCAUCACCAAGGAAGCUGAAUCAGCCCGUGUACUUGUGUGUGUGCUUGAGGAUAUGGAUCACAGCAGGCCAAGACAUCUUUCUGAAAACACAUUUCAUGUCAAAAGGACGAUGAUGCCCAUUACAAAAUCUGCACCCAAAGUACGCAUACUGAUCAGCAAGAAAAAACGUAACUUCCUUCCAAUAUAUGAGCAAAUUAAUGGAAAGUGGACGAUCGCAGCAUACGAACGUCUUGACGAAAAGCUCACACAAAACAAUGUGUUUGUGGUGCAAGUGAUUGACUGGAAAGAAAAUUGUACUUUUCCAUUGGGGAACGUCAUAGAUAUUCUUCCAAUCGGAAAUUCUUCGGCUGAUGGACUAAAGAUCCUGAAUGAAGAAUUCAAAGUUGAACCCAAUACAUGUAAAUCAGACGAGGUUCUCUCCUCCAAAGAUGAAGACAGGACACACAGAAAGGACAAAACUGAGAUAAUCACUUUCACUGUUGAUCCAAAAGAAGCACAAGACUUGGAUGAUGCCAUCAGUGUCAGGGAAAUUGAAGACCACUAUGAGUUGGGAGUCCAUAUUGCAGAUGUUGCAAGCUUUGUGAGUCCAGGUGGUGAAUUAGAUGAGGUUGCAAAACAACGUGGUGCUACAUAUUAUGGCAGUAGGGAAAAAAACAUGCAUAUGUUCCCCCAAAAGAGCACUGAAUGCUUCAGUCUGCUAUCAGAUAACAAAUGUCGCAGGGCGGUUUCAUUAAUGUUCAAAGUAAACAAGAAAACAAAUGAGAUAAUUGGACAGCCCGAAUUCCAGCUGUCAUCGAUCAAGUCUAACAAGCAGUUGUCUUAUGAAGAGGCAGAGGACAUGAUCUCCGAAAGAUAUAGAGAGAGACCUACAUUUGACUCUGUUGCAGGCUGUGUCUCAGUGGCUUAUUGUUUUGCAAAAGCUCAAAGGAAGAUUAGACUUAAACUGGAUUGGGUUUAUUCUCAACCUGAUGAUGAGAGAUUGCCCGGAAAGCGCAAAGCCAAUCUGAUGAUUGAAGAGUUGAGUGUGUUAUUCAAUACACAUGCAGCUGAGAAUUUGAUUGGUUCAGAGAGAACCAGGUAUUGCACACCCCUUCGCUGUCAGGCAGAACCAGAUCCUGAAAAGAUUGAAGAAUUCAAGAAGAAAUGCGGAGAAUUAAUACCACUGUCUUUUCAUGUGCGACACAAAGUUGACCAUGAUGAACAACAAGCCCCAAACUGUGAAAACUUCCGCAUACUCACAGAGGUGUGGGAAGAUAUCCAGGCAGCUGCCAGAACAGAUGAUAUCGACAAAAUGGUGGACCUGAUUGCUGCAGAUGACAUCCACCCUCUGCUCCAGCCAGUCACUGAUCAGUUCAGAAGGUGCUCUAGCAAAGCUGAGGUCAUCUGUUCCAACUCCUCCUCCGAAGCACAGGUUGGGCAUUAUUCUCAGAAUGUAAGAUCUUACACACAAGCAUCCUCACCAAUACGGCGGUACAUGGACAUCAUCUUGCAGAGACUUUUGCACUCCUUCAUAUGUAACAGGGAUGUCCAAUACACUGCACCCCAGAUUAUGACUUUGUGCAGUGAAUUUGAGCACAAGCUGAAGGAUGCCAAGGUAUAUGAACAAAAGGCUGAGCAGAUCUUCUAUGCAGUGAGCAUGAUAAAACAAAGUGCUUCAAAGCUGGCCUUUGUUGUUAGUCUCAACAGAGAAAGUUUUGCAGUGGCAUUUCCUUUCAACAAGAACAUAUUUGCAGAGAGUCUAUCAAUUAUGUACAAAGAUUUACAAUUGUGUGACCAACCAAUUCUUGAUGAAACAAAUGACUGCGUCACUCUUACAUGGAAAAGGCGGAUCUAUGCAGUUGACAACAUGCAAAUCCACCAAGAGUUGAAAAUGCCAGACUGUGAUCGCUGUGUUGAGCUUCCACUGACAAUAUGGAAAGCCACUGUCGAAGCAAUUGACAAAGAAAACUGGGAUCUCGCAAAGUCUCUCACAAUGGACGCUAACAAAAAGCGACUGGAAAAACUAAAUAUUCUGCCACAAUCAUCUGAGGUACCUGAGGGGACUAACUCAUGUACCUCCGAGGAGCAAGAGGAACAAAGGGAGCAUGAAGUUGACAUCGAGCUCCAGUUGCAGAGAGGUGACACCCUUCAGGUCCAAAUGACAAAAGAAACAAAAAGAGGUUAUCUCAUGCCUGCUGUUCAGUUGGUGCGCAUUAAACCAAAGUUUGAGAUUUGUGUGCACCAUGUCCACAGCCCUAUCACAUGCUUCUCCAGAUCUGCAGAUGAUCCAUCAAGGAUUUAUUAUAGCGACAUCGAGGAGUAUGUACGGAUCUGGACACCAAUGUGUGAGAUGGAAUCUGCUUCCAAUGCAGUGGGCGAAAGUGACAGCAUAGUCAUCGAGAACCUGGUGGUAAACUUCAAUCAAGAGCAGGGAGGCACACUAACUGGAAGUUUCUUCUUGCCUCUGGCAUGGAUCAAUGAAUGGGCCAUUGAAUGUAACUUACUGAAAACGUGCUUACUGUGCAUACGGAAAAGAGGUUUGAAGUUGUCUUCCACCCUGGAAAGUUCCGCACUGGUGGACCCAAGAGAGUUCACAUGGGUGGCCCAUGGUGUCACAAAGGAAGAAGAACGGAAAAAACCUCCAAAUGCAGGAAGUAAAGUGGAGUUCUAUGUCAAUCACCUGCCAAUGGAGUCCAUUCCCGAUUGUGUCUUUCAGAAAAACACUUGUUUCACAGUUGAAAUAAUCCCAAAGCUUGUGCCUGACAUCCGGAAAGAAAGUGCUGUGGACAGCAUUACAACUGCAUGUUAUCUUGUCAAGACUAUAGCACUUGGAAAACACAUUCCAAGAGAGGUAAAACCAAUGUGGCACACCAUGAGGAAUAAGCUACCAAAUGAACUGCCACCAUUUAACCUGAGUCAGCAUCUUGCAGUGGAGAAAGCUCUAAAUAAUACCUUCACACUUAUACAGGGACCACCUGGAACUGGAAAGACAGUAGUUGGUGCGUACAUAGUGUUCUGUUUCUUUGAGAUGAACUCUAAGAACCAAAGGAAAUUGGAUGACCCAAAGGAUAAAAACAAAAAGCAAGUUAUUCUCUACUGUGGCCCAUCCAACAAGUCUGUUGAUGUUGUUGCAGAGUACUUGUUGAAGUUUGGGGACAGACUAACGCCCCUCAGGGUCUACGGCCAACAAGUGGAGAUGCUUGAUUACCCUUAUCCAGACUGCACUCAUCAGUUUUCCCGGAGGGCACUCCGCCAAGAACGUGCCAAAUCAGAGCUCAGGAGCAUCACUCUGCAUCACCGCAUGCGACAAGAACAAAACCCUUUUUCGGGUAAAAUAAAAGAUUUUGAUCGACGCAUUAAACUUGCCCUUGAGGAAGAAGGAGAGGAGCUGACUGAUGAAGAAGUGAAAGAAUACAAAAAACUUCUCCAAGAUGCACGGACAUAUGAGCUUGAACGGCAUGACAUCAUACUGUGCACAUGUACACAGUCGUCCACCCCGAGUUUGACUAAGACAGUCAGUGCACGUCAGAUCCUCAUUGAUGAAUGUGCAAUGGCCACUGAACCCCAGACCCUGAUUCCAUUAGUCUGCAACAACCCAGAAAAGAUUAUUUUGAUUGGUGACCACAAACAGUUGCGACCCAUUGUGACAAAUGAACGUGUGAGGAAGCUGGGAAUGGCCAAGUCGCUGUUCGAACGCUACUAUACAAUUCACAAGAGCAGGGCAGUGAUGCUGGAUACCCAAUACAGAAUGCACAAGGACAUAUGCGAGUUUCCGUCAGAAGAAUAUUAUGAGGGAAAACUGAAAACUGGGGUGGAGCAGCCGAGCAGCGUCCUGCGUGUUGAAAAGAGGACGAUGCCAAUUGUUUUUGGGGACGUCAAAGGAAAGACCAUCAGUCUGGUUGUCAACACGGCCAAGGGCAACCAGAACUCCAAAGCAAACCAGGAAGAGAGAGACAAAGUGAUUGAGAUUGCUGAAAAGCUGGUGAAGGAUGCCAAAAUCGAAGAGCAAAGUAUUGUGAUUUUGUCGCCUUAUAAUGCCCAAGUGUCAGAAAUCAGAGACGAGCUGAGGAAGAAGAAGAAUCUGACUAAAAUCACCGUUACCACAAUCACUAAAAGCCAAGGAAGUGAAUGGCGGUAUGUGAUCAUAUCUACAGUGUGCUCUCUGCCAAGUGAAGAGAUUGAGAGAGAACCAGACGGAGCUUGGCUGUCCAAACAUAUAGGCUUUGUGGGUGAUCCAAACCAGAUAAAUGUAGGCAUCACCAGAGCCAAGGAGGGACUUUGCAUCAUUGGGAACCAAGAGUUGCUGAGCUGCAGUAGAGCUUGGAAACAGCUCCUGAAGCACUACAAGGUUCACAAUGCAGUGACAGAUGCAGACAAGAUUUCAGUGUGUCGUGCCACAUAGCUGAUCUCAUCUAUCAUUUUUAAGAGACUAGACAAGCUGCAGACCAGAGUUCCUACACUCACGCAACAGCACAACUUCAUGAAAUAUGUAUAUACUUUUUUCUAUGAUGUCGCAGUAACAUUUUAUGUACUUUUUACAGUUUUAUAGCAUAUUUGGGGUUUUUGAUAUUGUAUUUGACACUGUUUUUUUUGUGCUUUGAUUUACAUACACCUUUUUAUUAAAUAUACAUCUGUAAAAAGGAAACCCUACAACUACUAGAUAGGUUUUUAAUGUUUUUCUUUAUUAUUAUUUGUCAUUUUUGUUACUACAAUUUAAGAUAUUGCAUUUAAGAAAAGCUGUAAAUACUUUAUUACACAAUGCUAAUCUUAACUACAGACAGAUGACAGUUCAAGAGUUCAGCUCUUGUUGUUUGGAUCUUUUAAUUCAUCUUAAGGUUUAGUUUAAAUGUAUUUACCACUAUGAAGUCACCUCCAGCGAGGCAUUGUUCCUGUUUACUGCUGAAUGAAUCAGCAUUUGUUUUCAUUGCAUUGACACCAUGGUCUUAACCAUUAAGUGAGUCUAGUCUGUAGGUUUUUUUUUUAUGUUUGACCUCUCAUAGCAUUGGUUUUUUUUUUAUACUUUUUAGAUGUUGUAUGCUCUGGGAUUAGCUUUGGCUAAAGACAUGUUAAUAAAACAUUUUCAUUGCUUAAAACAG